AUGGCCAAGGACGAUGCAAGGCUCGAGCAGACUCGAGUGAGGCCAUCACCAGUCUUGAUCGCAUCAAGCUUGAGAAGGUCAUCCAAAUCAUUCAUGAGGGCAUUCCCAAAAUUCGUGUUCAAGUAUACCGAGGAGAUCGAACUUGAAAUCGACAUACUACCACCACACGUUCUCACAAAGUUGUACAACUUUGUGCUUUGGCCUCUGCAGCAUACCAACACAGGAAUUGGCAAGGGCACGGGUACUGGUGGCCUUAAACAGAAGGGCAUGGGCGAGACUGCUGAAGCUGAGAAGAUCCACAAGCUGGGCGAGUGAAUGUGACUCUUUGAAGGUAAGAACUUGGCCACACCCAACUCUGCACCUGCACUAGCUCAUCAGAACGAUAGCGAUCAUUCAUCGGACUCUUCUUCAAACG